AUGUCAGAGAUCAACCCAGAUAACCAAAUAUUCAACCAAAAGGCAGGAAUAAGGCAAAUCACGCCCAGAGCCAUAACGGCUGGUUUGAUAAUUGGUUCAAUUGUUUUAAUAUCAAAUUUCCAAUUUGGUUUACAAACAGGUUGGGUUUCAAUGAUGUCCUUACCUUCUGCAUUAUUAGCAUUUGCAAUUUUUAAACAAUUACAACCUUUCCUAUCUUAUGAAUUCACUGAUGUGGAAAAUGUUUUCAUUCAAAGUAUUGCAGUUGCUGUGGGGACUGGUCCUUUAGCUUAUGGAUUUGUUGGUGUUGUGCCAGCUAUUGAAAAAUUUCUAGGACCUGAUGAAUCUGGGACAGGGAAGUUGAUAAAUUUGAAUACUUGGGAUUUAAUCAUUUGGUCAAUUGGGUUAGGAUUCUUUGGUAUAUUCUUUGCAGUUCCCUUAAGAAAACAAGUUAUUAUUAAAGAAAAAUUACCAUUCCCAUCUGGGAGUGCCACUGCUACAUUGAUUAGUGUUUUGAAUAAUAGUGAAAUUCGUCAUGAAGAUACUUUAAAUCUAAAGGCCACAUGUGAUUAUAAUGAAUUAUUAUUGGAAAGUGAUGAAGAGGAAAACAUUACAAGUGAAGAAACCGUUGUGGAGCAAGAUCGUAAUUCUCAUGAAGGUACACCAUUAUUAGAUUCAACAUCCAUGAAAAGUUUACAAAGCUCAGAUACUUAUAAUCAAAACAUUAAAUCACUAAUAAUAACAUUCACUGUUUCAUCAACUUAUACAAUCUUGUCAUAUUUCAUACCCAUAAUUAAAAACAUCCCUGCAUUUGGUAAAUACCUAGCAAAUCAAUACCUUUGGACAAUACAACCAUCACCUGCAUAUAUCGGACAAGGUAUUAUAAUGGGGCUACCCACUGUUUCAUACAUGUUAUUCGGUGCUAUAUUAGGCUGGGGUAUCUUGGCUCCAUUAUCGAAAAAUCUAGGAUGGGCACCUGGUGAAAUUGACGAUUGGAAAACCGGUGCUCAGGGUUGGAUCUUGUGGAUUUCAUUAGCCGUUAUGGUUAGUGAUAGUGUUGUUGCAUUUAUUGUGGUGACAACUCAAUCUGCUUGGAGAUUUUAUAAACAACGUUAUGAAUUUAUUGAAUUACAGAAAAAACUUGGUGAUAAUAAUGAUGAUCAUAGAGGUUCUAUAAAUAGUGGUGCUGGAAGCUAUAACGAUAAUGAAGCUUCUCCUGAACAUUUGAUCCCGGUCAGUACUGUUGUUGUUGGUCUGAUCUUAUCUUCGAUCGUUUGUGUCGUGGCUAUGGUUUCAUUAUUCGGCACUACAAUAGUUCCAAUUUAUUCAGUAGUUAUUGCUAUCAUAUUGGCAUUGUUCUUAUCAGUUCUUGGUGUUCGUGCAUUGGGUGAAACUGAUUUAAAUCCAGUUAGUGGUAUUGGGAAAUUGUCACAGUUGUUAUUUGCCCUAAUCAUUCCAAAGGGACAUCCAGGUUCAGUAUUGGUUAAUUUAGUUGCAGGAGCAAUUGCGGAAGCUGGUGCUCAACAAGCUGGUGAUUUAAUGCAGGAUUUGAAAACUGGACAUUUAUUAGGUGCUUCUCCAAGAGCCCAAUUUAUUGCACAAAUCAUUGGUACUGUUUGGUCAAUUUUCCUCAGUGCAAUCAUGUACAAAGUUUAUAAUGUUGUUUAUGAAAUUCCAAACAAAGUGUUUAGAAUUCCAACAGCAGUUAUUUGGAUUGAUUGUUCAAGAUUGGUUACUGGUGAAGGUUUACCACCUUAUGCUUUUGAAUUUUCCAUAUUAUUCGGACUCAUAUUUGGUAUCAUCUCACUGAUUAAAAAUAUUUUCAAACAUAAUCCAAGAGUGCAAGAUAAAUUGAUUUGGUUACCUUCAGGUGUUGCAGUUGGGGUUGGUAUUUAUAAUACACCGUCCUUCACAAUUGCAAGAUUCAUUGGUGGUGUUAUUGCAUAUAUUUGGUUGAAGAAAUGUAAACAUAGUCAUGAGGGUAAAACUGCAAUGAUUGUUUUCAGUUCAGGUUUGGUUUUAGGAGAAGGAAUGUUUAGUAUUGUAAACAUGACAUUAACAUCAUUGGGUGUUCCUCAUUUUUAA